CCGUGCAUGUGCUUCCCAUCGUGGCCUUGUCGUGAAGUCGCAGAUUUCGAUAGACCAGUGCUAGCAUAAGUGCCGGUUAUCAAAGUAACUAUUAAAAAAAUGUAUUACUACGUCGUCGAGGGUCAAUUCGACGACGCGGAAAGCGACAGUGGUGUAUCAGGCAGCGCCGAACAGAAACCGAACGUAGCUGUGUCGUCUGGUGAACGUCGCAGUCCAGAGCAUCUUUUGAGCGGCGACGACUCAUCCGGUGAAGAUGAACUCAGUGACGACGACUACGACUGGGACGAGUUCUCUCGAAGGAGCGUCUGCAACAACUCGCACGGCAGUCACCCGAAUGCGCAGCACAAGGGCAACCCGAAUUUAUUCCAGUCCCAGUGUAAAGUUCUCUCCGGCAAGUACAGCGGGAAGAUCAAUCUCCAGGCGUAUUCUGGUCCAGCCGUGGCUGCCGGCGCGUUAAGUGUAUUGAACGAGGCGAGCCGCAGACAGGAAGCUGACCGCGUCCGCGUCCGAGACAAGGUGGAGAGGGCCACAGCAGAGCAGGUACUCGAUCGCCGGACGCGCAUCAUCCUCUUUAAGCUCCUCAACCGCGGCCUAGUAGAGCAGAUAAAUGGCUGCGUAAGCACGGGUAAAGAAGCUAACGUUUAUCAUGCAACCGCUAGCGGGGAUGGUGCUCCAGAUCGUGCCAUAAAGAUCUACAAGACGUCCAUCUUGGUGUUUAAAGAUCGCGACCGCUAUGUCACCGGCGAGUUCCGCUUCAGGAGUGGCUACUGCAGCAGCAACCCACGCAAGAUGGUCCGCACUUGGGCAGAAAAGGAGAUGCGAAACCUCUCGCGCAUAUACGCUGCCGGCCUGCCUUGUCCAAAACCCAUUGUUCUCAGAAGUCACGUGCUUGUCAUGGACUUUGUCGGCAAAGACGGCUGGCCUGCACCCAAGCUGAAGGAUGUUCCACUGAGCGAAUCCAAAGUGCGUGAGCUUUACAGAGACUGCAUCAUCAUGAUGCGACGGCUCUACCAAGAAUGUCGCCUCGUGCACGCCGAUCUGAGCGAGUACAACUUGCUCUACCACGAGGGGAAGAUUGUGAUAAUUGAUGUGUCACAAUCAGUUGAGCACGACCAUCCGAAUGCGCUUGAGUUUUUGCGCAAAGACUGCACUAACAUCACGGACUUUUUCAGCAAGCAUGACGUGAAGACGAUGGGUGUUCGGCAGCUGUUUGAUUUUGUCACAGACCCGACCAUUAACGAAGACAACAUGGACGCUUACCUGGAAAAAGCGCAAUCUCUUGUUGAAGCUAGCAGUUCAGGAACGAUGAACCAAGUAGAAGAAGAAGUUUUCAAGAAAGCAUAUAUACCGCACAGACUGGACGAUGUACUUGACUUUGAGAAAGACAUUGUAGGUGUCCAGGAAAAAAACAAGAAAAUUUUAUAUCACACCAUUACAGGCAUGAAGCCCGACUUGUCAGGUCCAGCAGAUAAGCCUGCAAUACUUGAAGAUGGCUCGGAUGACUUGUCCUCGGAGGCCAGUGAAGGUGGCAGUGAAUGUGAAGAUGAGAGCGAGAAUGGCGAUGACAAGGGGUCUAAGUUUGUGAACACAGCCAGGCCUAAGGGGGAGUCACUGGAAGAAAAGAAGGAAAGAAAGAAGGCCAUCAAGGAUGCUAAGAAAGAGAAACGCCAGAUGAAAAUACCGAAGCAUGUCAAGAAGCGAAAAGAGAAGCUGGGAAAGGCACGCAAGAAGUGAAAGCUUGUUUCAAGGCUUCACAUUGUGUGUGUGUGAUGAAGGAACUUCAAUCUAAAGACUGCCACUGCAGAACUGGAAGGAAAAGUGUUAUUGUGAACACUUCAACCGACAACACCUGCCACGAUGGCUCAAUAGUGAUGGCAUUCUGCUUCAGAGCAUGAGACAUUUGAUUUCUGGUUCUUGCUACUCGAUUCUGGUUGAGGUUGAUUGUAAAAGUGGUCUUGCAGCAAGCAUCGCACAACCAUUUUCAGGUGGCCGAAAUCGAUUUUAAUCCAUGUGUCAUGAUGUGUAUGUUGCAUUUGAAUGUGAAGCACGAAGCUGUAAAAAGUCUCUGUGACAGCUUCAUGCUGCUUUUAGUUUGCUAGCAAUUUUUUUUUUACCUUGUGCCCGUAAAGAACUUUUUCUUUAGCAGUAAUAUCAGUUUUCAUUAACUGAAUUAGAACAAUUUUAAGAGCUCUCUUCUGCACCAUGUGUGCCUAAAUGAAGAAAGUAGGGUGCUGAUAGCUGUCAUGUGAAGAUUAGAACAAAGGCUGUUAAAACAUAAGAAGUACGGCCAAACUAAUGCUCAAAAAGUACUUUUGAACGCACAGACAGCAUUUUUAGCGCAAAAGUGAAAAAAAAAAAGAAUACUGAGAAAAAAACGAAAAGAACAUCAUGCACAGGGUGAGCACCUAAACAUGAAUUGACUUUAUUUCGGAAACAUACCACAGGAAGUAGAUCACCUGCGUAUGCGUGCCACCGCUGCGUCACUAAUUGAGCAUCGAAUCAAACAAUCUAUACUCGCUAUGGAACACACAUACCAAAGUAAAAAACAUACCUUUGCUCUUGAUAUGAUAGGCUUCCAGUAAAUAUUUCCCCAUGUACCAUUGCCUAAUCUUAAUCUUGUGCAGCCGUACUACUCGUGUGCAGGCUUUGCAAUGGACUCAAAGCUGGGUGGGCCCUAUGCAUGCUUGUGCAAAGAAAAAGAAAAGCAUAAAUGCCAAAAUAAACCUGCCACGCCAUACAUUAAGUGUGCAGUUGGCAUUCUAUACGCCAUACCCAGGGUGCAACAGCUGCGUCAAUUGCGCCUAUUUGAUACAAUUCCCGACUGUUGUGCCGAGCUGUGCCUAAACCGUCAAAUUUG